AUGGCGACGCCCUUUUACCCACAUGGCGGUGCCCACCAAGGCGACACCCCAGGUGAUAUCAGUAGUGAUCUUGAGGCUGGGAGAAGAAGCGAUGACGUCGUAGCUGAGGACGAAGGCGAUGGCGACGUCGUUCUUGGAGGAUUGGGCGGCGCUAGUAAGCUGGGCGAUGCUAGUCUGAUGCAUGGCAAGCGAUGGCUAGGUGGGCUCGAGGCAAAUGGCUCCAGCAGUGAGCUGCUGGGCAGCAUCAGCUCCUUGGGCGACUCUAUGAGCACAAUGGGCGAUAGAGAUGUGGGCUCGAGCAAUAUCGAUCCUGCUACCAAGAGUUUAGGUGAGGCUGACCUAGCUAUGAGGACCUCAAGGUCGACCCAGGCUAGCAAUGCUUAUCAGCGGGAAGCUAGAGCUAAUAGGGAUGGCGCCCGCGACGAUGUAGGAGGCAGCCUUCGUUCUAAUCUGGACAAGGGCAAAAUGACAACAGGCAGCACUAGUUGCACGCUUAUUGAGCCAGACGAUAUGUCUGGGGCAAGAGCAGGAAGACCUGGCUUUGGUACUGAAGCGGCGUCUACUAGAGUGGUCGGUAAUGCAGCUAACGGACCAAACUAUGGAGGGAAACAAG